AACGCACCCCUAAACACCCAAGCCACUUAGGAAGUGAACCCAUGCCUCACUCAACAGGGCAGGUGAACUCCGAUCGAACCACUUCUCUUUUCAACGGUCUAACCGGAAAAUGCUGCCUCAUUAUCACUCUCUCUCUCUCUCUCUCUCUCUCUCUCUCUCUCUCUUCCGCAUAGGAAGUAUCGACGAUUCCCUUGCUCUCUCACUCUCUCUCUACACGCACCCCCUCUUGACGAUCUCCUCAAUGCUCCCCUCCUCUCUCACUUCCUAAUACUCUCUCUCUCUCUCUCUCUCUCUCUCUCUCUCUCUCCUAUGGCUCGGUUGGCUCCUCAGAUCUCCUCUCUCCGGUGAUCGCACCUCACCCGGCCCCUCGAGAUAUAUUUUGUUCAGCCUUUGAAUUGAAGAUCUGUUUGGUGUAAUCAGUGGAGGAUUUGGAGAAUGACUUCACUGUCUCAUUCUCCUGUAACAUUUACUUGGAAUUUCGCUUCUAGCACUUCGGCUUCAGAUCUUCUGCGAAGCUCCCAUAAUAGUGUUAUUGGCUUGCCUUUGAAAUCCCUAGGGAGGGCGCGGGUUGGAAUAAGUAGGAAGGCUUUUACGGUCUCUGCCAAAUUGUUUAGGAGGAAGAAGAGGCAUUCUUACCCUUGGGAUGGUGAGGAUCGGAAUCCGAAGACAGAUGGCGAACUAUGUAGAGCAAUCCAUCCUUUCAAGCCUCUAAAAGUAAAGCCCAAGCCAGUUAUUUUGGAUUUUGAGAAACCUCUAGUAGCUCUGCGCGAGAAGAUGAUCGAGGUGCAGAAGAGGGCGAAUGAAACUGGUGUGGACUUGAGUGAUCUGAUUGUCGCACUAGAGAACAAGUACCAACAGGUUCUGAAGGCUAUAUAUACGCGCUUGACUCCCAUCCAAAGAGUAUACAUAGCUCGGCAUCCUCACAGACCAACUUCUCUUGAUCACAUCUUUAAUAUUACGGACAACGUGUUCUUGGAGCUUCAUGGAGAUCGACACGGUUACGAUGAUCCUUCCAUUGUCUGUGGUCUUGGACGUAUGGAUGAUAAAACUUACAUGUUCAUUGCCCAUCAAAAGGGCAGAAAUACAAAAGAGAGCGUUCACCGCAAUUUUGGGAUGCCUACUCCCCAUGGUUACCGCAAGGCACUGCGCUUUAUGCAUAUGGCAGAUCACCAUGGGUGGCCCAUUGUUACUCUUAUUGACACUCCUGGGGCAUUUGCUGACCUCAAAUCUGAGGCACUAAACCAAGGUGAAGCUAUAGCACAUAACUUGAUGGUUAUGUUCGGUCUGAAGGUACCAAUUAUCUCCGUUGUCAUUGGAGAAGGUGGUUCAGGUGGUGCUUUGGCCAUUGGAUGUGCUAAUAAAUUGAUAAUGCUUGAAAAUGCUGUUUUCUAUGUUGCCAGUCCAGAAGCAUGUGCAGCAAUUGUGUGGAAAACUGCCAAAGAAGCUCCCAGGGCUGCAAGGAAGCUUAGGAUCACUGCACGUGAGUUGUGCAAGCUAAAAAUUGCAGAUGGAAUUAUACGUGAGCCACUUGGUGGUGCUCAUAAUGAUCCAUAUUGGACCUCACAACAAAUUAAAAAAGCGAUCCUGAUAUCAAUGGAUGAGCUUACAAAGUUGGACACACAAGAGCUGCUAAAACAUCGUCAGGCGAAAUUCCGACAAAUGGGUAGGGUCCGAGAUGGAGUUCCGUUAGAUCCAUACAAGAAACGCAACAUGAAAAAGCGAGAGGCAAAGGAGGGGUUCCACUUUAAAAAGCGAAUUUUGGAUCCAAAGGAGUCAUCAAUGUCGAAUGAAAAAUCUGAAGCCGUGAACCUGUCUGAGAAUAACAAAAAAGGAUGCAAAUUAGAACAAGAAGUCGAUGUGAAAUCUAAGGGUCAGGAAUCCGAGAAUGGGGGAGUCAGUGAGGAAUCCAAGGAUGAGAAAAUCAUGUCUGAGAAUAGCAAGAAAGAAAGCAAAUUAGAACAAGAAGCCGAUGUAAAAUGUAAGGAUGUGGAAUCUGAGAAUGAGGUAGUCAAUGAGGAAUCCGAGGAUGACAAUGUCGAUGAGGAGUUUUUUGAGGAGUCUGAGGAUGAGGGAGUCGAUGAGGCAUCCGAGGAUGAGGAAGUCGAUGAGGAAUUUUUUGAGGAGUCUGAGGAUGACGGAGUCAAUAGAGAAUAUGCUGAUUUUAUAGACCUGGCUGAUAUCAAUGGUGAAGUCAAUGAGGAAUUUGAGGAUGUUUUAGAUCAGUCUGAAAUCAAUAAGAAGAUUGAGGCUCUGAAAAAGGAAAUUGACCAGGUUGAAGAUACCAAUUAUGAAUUCAAGGAUGUUUUUGAUCAGCCUGAAACCGAGAAGAAGGUUGAGGCCCUGAGAAAGGAAAUUGAAAACUCAGGGGCAUCCUCGUUGGAAGAUUUAACCCAGGAUCUGAAAGAUAAGCUUUUGCAGCUUAAGGAAGAAGUGAAAAGUGAAUUGGUUGGUGGUGGUGCAUCUUCGGGCUUGCAUAUUAAUCAUUCGCUUCCCUUGUCAGAAUUCAGGGCACGCAAUAUAGCAAUUAACCGUGAAAUAGAACAUGCUAUCAAUAAUUCACCAGAUGUGACGGCCAAGAUGGAGCGGUUGGACCUGGUGGUAAAAAAGGCAGGAAAGCAUCCCAAUUUGGAAACGCGAAAAAAGAUAGGGGUUUUGCAACUAGAGAUAAAGCAGGGUAUUGACGAGGCAUUGAAGUCCUCGGAGAAGUACAAGAAGCUGGUGGCAGAGCGGUCGGAGCAGAAGGUAGUAGAAAUGGUGGGAAUGCUUCCCAAUCUUGGAACUUUAAGUGAAAUUCUGGUUGCGAAACGAAAACCAAGCCAGGGUACAGAAGAGGCAUUGAAUUCCUCAGGGUACAAGAAGCUGAUGGAGGAGAUUUCGGGGGUCAAUGAAUCAUCUGGAGAGAAGCAGAUAUAAAACCACUACCGGUUAUAGUUUUUUGAAGGUGCUGCACUGAAACUUAUUGAUCUGUCUGUUCAACGGCUUCAGAACAAAGACCCAUUUCGACUUCUGUACCUGUUGGAGGAACAAGCGAGAGUACUGCUUAUAUUGAAACUCGGAUCUUCCAGAUUUGACUCAGUUUUUCCCAUUUCCGGCCUUUGGUUUCAUUUUUUUUUCCUUGAAGAGACAAUUUGCCUUUUUAUUUGAUUGGGGAGAUUGUCUUUCUCCCAUUACUGGUAGACAUAGAACUAGAAUAAAUUGUGUGAGCGCAAAGGCUUCCUGAAAACACGUUUUCUGGUAUCAGGAGGACUGGAAAUCGGACCUGAUAUUCCCGUUGUUAAAUUUUAUUUGUGUAUUUCGUGAAUGACAUUAAUGAGUAUGUUUCUCCAA